ACACAUAUCAAUGGGCACUAAUUUUAUAAAUUAAUUAACUGAUGUAGUAUAUACAUUGUAUGUCAGAGAAUAUAUAAGUAAUGUUUUUAUUCAAAUCUCAUCGUAAGUAUAUGUAUUAACUUUUUUCCCUACAGUUUAUUUUUAGAAAAAAAUGUUGAAUGAUGGUGUGCGUAUCGGAGUCGAAUUACCUGGGCUAUGUGACCUCAACUGCGGGAUGAAAAAAUGUUAGCUAUGUGGACAAUGGUUGUCUUUCUAAUCCUCGUUCCGGUCACACAAGCUGCUCAGGAUUACGUGUUUGUGUCGGCAUGUCCUCUUGGAUCCUCAGAAUGGCAGACUGAGGCCACACGGAAAAAUUGUCAAGAGCCAACGCCCGACUAUCUGUGUGCAGCGAUAGAAAAUUCCCCUGGCCAGUACGGCGAAAUUUGCACCAAAUAUGGUUUAUCCCCAUCAGGGACGUGUGCAGUUCUCAAUGAACAGACACAUAACUUGGACUCCGUUCCAUGUGAGGCACCAGCCGGAUGCCCAGACAAACCCUACAACCCAGGAGAACUUUAUAAUUGGCCAAUCUGCUUUGAAGAUUUUUAUGGAAAAGAAAGGACUAAAUCAACCAUAAGAACAAAGGUUUAUGAAAUUACAACACAACUGUGGAAUACAACGUUCGUUGAUGCUGACAGUACCGGUGAUACACAAGAUGGGGAUGGUGGACUGGUUACCGGGAUCAUCCUAGCGCUACUGCUCAUCGUAGUUGUCUUCAUUGUAGCUCUUUGUAUUCUGGAUAUGAGGAACAAUUGGGGCUUGAGGAAGGCCAUAAGAAAACGUGUUACAAAUCAAUUUGGCCGAUUACAUGCUCAGAGAAUAGAAAGAGUCACAACAAGAGAUGAAGAACAAGCAGAAAAUGAAGAUAAUUUCGGAAACGAACGUUUGCUGCCAAGUAAUACAGGCAAUGAUUUUCUACUGUCAGAUACGUAUGAAGAGCCAUUAUCAGGAUUAAAGACUACUACAGGAGAUGGUGUAUCAUUUGUUGGAGGAACCAUAUCAUGGAAACUUACAAUUCUUCAACGCUAUCUUGUUGUUUGUCUAAAACAUAACAUAAGCAUCGAGGACUUGAAAGAAAAAUUCAUUCUAUUCAAAAGCUCUCUGGACGAACAUUUUAACGAAGUAUUGCUAGAACCCUUACAAAGCCUAAAGUCUUUGAAGGAUUAUGAAAAAAUUGAUGUGUUGGUAGUUUACAAUCUUCUUCGUAAUGUUUGUGAACACAUACAGCCGCCUAAACGAGGAUGGGACUACGAACCCGAUGAUACUGAUUUAGGACUGGGAGCUGAUAUUGAGAGGGUACGUUUAAUGUGGAAUAGAUACUGCGAUGGGAAGACUGUUUUUGAUGACAUUGACGCUCUAUAUGGAAGAAUGCAGAAAAGAUAUGGAAAUACUGAGGUGCAAACUUAUGAAGAGAAGGAUGUCGACGAGUGCUUAGUGCCUUUAGAAAAAAUAUCGCCAAGUGUUCAACUAAAGCCAGCAUGCGAAGUUAUAAGUGGGGUUGUCACAAGAAAACAAAUAACGUUGGUAAAGGAAAUCCUAAAUGAAAGUAGUUUAGUGAUUUGUAAAGGUGCCAUAGGAUGCGGAAAGACUAGUUUUUUGAAAUACUUCGAUGAGCUAUACAGAGGUUUAGGCUGGGUUGUAAAAUGGAGGGAGGAGGUGGUGAAUAGUCCUGAUGUCGAUAUUAAAGAAAAUGAGGAGGUUCUGUUAUGCUGUGAUAACUUUUUUGGAACUUAUGAAAGAUGUGUCUACAGUGUCACUUCAGAAAUUAUUGAUUGUUUGAAUCAUCCAAAGAAAAAUGAUGGAAGUGGCCAACUGAAAAUCUUGCUGGCUAUCCAUGAUCAUGUCUACGAUGGGUUGCAGAGUAAUACAUCUUUAAAUAUUCUACAAAACAAACGAGCCGUAGUUGACUUAAACGAGUUAACCGAUGCUGAACAGAUGCUUAUUUUUAAAGAGCAAAGAAAGAAUGGUCAUUGUACCAUUGAUCCGAAAUGCUGGUUCCGGAAGGUUGACUUUGAAUCUUUGAAAAAUGCGUUAAAAGGGAAUUCAGGAUUAAUCGGUGAUCCAGCUUUAAGUUUAAUAUAUUGUAACCAUCAUGACAUUUUUGCCAACAAAGAAGCCACGUUAAACCCUCUGAAAACGUUGUGUUCUUUAUUUCAGAAUAUUUCGUCAGAAAAACCAGAUUUAUUCAAUAUUCUUGUGUUCACCAUGUUUAUUAAAACCCACACCUUUGAUAAAGAGAUGCCAGACUGGGCUGCAGCAGAACCGUUUGGACUAACAACAGAUGACAUCCAGGAAAAUAUCCGGCAUCUUCAUGGUUAUCUUCAUGUUUCUGUUGAUGGAAGGACAAUGAAAAUGAAACAUGAACUGCUCAGCAUCGCUUUGUUCCACGUUUGUGCAAGAAAUCCUAUCUAUCUAACAGCCCUUUUAAAUCAUUGCCACUUUGGGAUGAUAGAACAACUCCUUCGUCCACCCAUCAUUGAAACCCAAGCAGGAUUUUCAAUCAUUUUGGAUGAAACCAAUUUUCAAGCACUAAUUUCUAGAAUUAUGAGGGACAAUAUGUAUGUAAACCUUCUAAAUCAUCCUUUCAUGCAAAAUAAUAAAUUCUGUUCGAAUUUGAAAAAUAGUUGUCCAGAUAACCUAUGGAAACUUUUCUUUAAUAAAAAGUGAUAUAUUCUAUUUAAGAGAAUUGAAAUCAUAUAUUCGACUUUCCCUUAUAUUUUAAUUUUAAGAAGUCAAAACACUAUAAAGACAUAGAAAUAAUUAUAUUCUUACUGUUCCUUUUGAACGUAUUUUUCAAAAUUGAAGAGUUUCAACUUUCUGAUUGGUUGACUAUAAGCAACAAAUUAGCAUAUUUCACGGCGAUAAUUCGGCUAGUUUGUCCACGAAUGAUGAGUAAAGAUAAGAUCACCCUUGUCUGACGAUGUGUAAUUGUUUGUGUAUUGUAUUUAUACCUCAGUAAUUUUCUUGCAGUUUAUAAAUUCAUGUUGUGAGUUUAUCAUUUUUUCCUAAAACUGUGUAACACAUGUAGUUCAAACUUUAUAAACUUCUCAUGUGGGGAGAGGGCGAAAUAAGUUUUAAGAACUUGUGCCCAAUCCCAUUGUAUAUUUAUAUAAUAGAUAUAUUACAAUAAAAUA